CGAUCUUUCCGCGAGAUCUGUUAAGCACCAGUGUCGCCCACUAAUCGAGUUGCAGCUUAUGCAAGCAUGUUUUUAUAACGUGUGCCAGAACUUCCUGAUACUUAUUUCACGAGUCCUGUGUUAAUCUCCACAUAAGUGUCUUGGACAUUUGCAAUGCACGAAAACUUCUCAGCUCAUUCACCGUCAUUGUUUUAUCAACAUGCCUGAAGGGCCAGAGCUGCACUUGGCCAGUCUGUUUGUUAACAAAGUGUGCGAGGGAGUAGUGUUCACAGGCCCAGUCACAAAAUCUGCAGUGAGCAAGAACUGUGAUGUGUCCUUCACCUGCGAGGCUUACAGGAUCCAAGCUUCUUCCAGAGGGAAGGAAGUGAAGCUCACGUUAACACCUAUAAAGAGCGAUGUCAAAGAGGGGAGCACAGAGCAACCCAUGGACAUCGUUUUCCGCUUCGGUAUGUCCGGCUAUUUCCGAUUCACAUCCGAGGAUGAGCUGCCGAAACAUGCCCAUUUGCGUUUCUUUUCGAACGAAAAGCCCUGCCGAGUGCUGAGCUUUGUGGACACACGCAGGUUUGGCAGUUGGCAGCCCAAUGGAAGCUGGCAGCGUGGCCGGGGGCCCUGCGUCAUGUUCGAGUACGAGAGCUUCAGAAAAAAGGUGCUCUCCAAUCUGUCCAACCGGGCUUUCGAAAGGCCCAUCUGUGAGGCCCUGCUUAACCAGAACUACUUCAACGGCAUUGGAAACUACUUGCGGGCAGAGAUCCUUUUCAGGCUGAGCAUUCCACCCUUUGUGCAGGCAAGGACUGUGUUGGAAAGCCUUGAGCUAGAGGAUCUGGCUGCAGAUACUACCCCUGUGAAAGAACAGCUUGAUGACCAAAAGACCUCCGACAGGGAGUCGAAACGCACGUCUCAACCUGCUGAUCUACUGAGGUUGUGCCACACCGUUCCUCUGGAGGUCGUGAACAUGGGUGGGAAAGGUUACGACCCCCAGAAGGCCGACCACUCCGACUUCCAGGCGUGGCUGCGGUGUUACUAUGUGGCCGGAAUGAAAAGCACCAGAGACCACAAUGGCAGAACCAUGUGGUUCAGUGGUGACUCAGGCCCCAUGGUACCCAAAGAGUGCAAAUCAACAAAAGCAAAGAAGAGAGUGAAGAAAGAAGACAACGAUGCCGCCAUGGUUGCUGAAAUUGUCCCUAAAGUCAAGACAGAAAAGGGUGUCAAGCAGGAAGCCCCAAAUAGCAAGACUGGCUUGAGGAAACGGAAGGUUAAACAAGAGGGGGAAGUGACGCGCACCUGUGACAACACAAGAUGUUUGCGUAGUAACAAGACCAGUGAGGCACGCUAAGGCGGGAAGAGCGGACAUUCACUAUUUUAAUAAUCGCUGAGAAACAAAGAGGCAGAACCAGACAAUAAGCUGACCCAAAUGGACCAGGGAAAAAAUGGGACCAUGACUUUUUUCUUUCUGAAACACGUUCAUAAACAUUAAAACUUUUUCACUUUUACAAAAAGCCUUUGAUUCAGAGUACUUUUUGCAGUGUUUAGGGAACAAAACAAGAUAAGUCCUCUCAGGAAAUGACCAUGGCUACCGACAUGAUGAAUUAAUGGAAUUCCAGUCCGAACGUAACGGCCAUUAAAGGACUUACAAUCACGACUGUGUCAAAAUAAGUAGGUUGUUUAUUGAUUCAUUCUUUGAGUCACUCCCAGCCGUGCUUAUUUUAGAACAAGGAGGAGUGAUCUUAUUUGAUGAGGACCGAACCCCAGAGUGAUUCCUUCUGAGGUCAUCUGGGCUGGCUGAGUGUGAUCCGGACGCUCCAGAAGAUCACAACUGGAAAGAGUUGAGAAUAAGCAACAGUAUCAGUGAAGCCGUACUCUGGCUCAAUGCUACGGCGUUUCACUGGUCCAGGCACAUAUAUUUUUCUUCUGGGUCAUGUGGUACUUUCAGAAGCUAGUGCUUCAUCUACCUACGCAUGUGUCUAAAGCGUGUGACCCAUCAUCAUAUAGGAGCAUUAGGAAUACUUACUGCCAGGCCUGUUGGAGGGGAAGGUCUGUACGGAGCAUUGUGGUCACACUGCUGCCAUGGGACUCGUACAAGCGAACCAGUAGAGUGCCUCUUGAGUCCUCAGCCUAGGGAGAGUUGGAGCAGUUAUUACAGGGCCGGACACUAAUUAGACAUUAACCCAUACAU